CAAUUUUCAGAAGAAUGGGUCGUCGGCAUGGUUGGGCCGAUGAGUUUCGCACAUUUUUCCCAACAUUGUGGCUGAUUUUAGCACCGCUUAUUCUGAGCCCUUUAUUGUUUUUUGGGCAGGAAGGAAAAUGUGCAUUUGUAAUAUUAACAAUGUCAUGUUAUUGGGUGGCCGAAGUAGUUCCACUUGCCGUAACCUCAUUUAUUCCAAUGAUUGCACUUCCAUUUCUAGGCAUCGUCAGUAUCAAAGAAGUUGCACCCAAAUAUUUUGCGGACACAAAUAUAGUCUUUUUCAAUAGUUUAAUGCUUUCAUUGGCGGUAGAAGAAUGCCAGUUGCACAAACGGAUUGCUCUGAAAAUGUUGACUUACGUGGGAACUCGACCACAUUGGUUAAUGGCUGGAUUCAUGAUUAUCACCAGUUUUAUCUCUCUCUGGAUAUCAGAUACUGCUUGCUGUGCAUUGAUGGCUCCGAUUGCCUAUGCUCUUCUCGAGGAAAUAAUGAUUCCGAAAAUGAGACCAGAAGAAAAAGAAAAUGAAAUUGAAGUUAUGAAAAUAUUUGAUAAAGAGGAUCCGGAAGAAAAGGAAAAGAAGAAGUUGGACACAUCGAGGUUAUCAGUCAGAGAUAGAGGAAUUUGCAAAUGUAUGAUGCUUUUGGUGGCCCAUGCUUCAUUGAUCGGAGGUACUGGAACCAUCAAUUCAACUGGACCUAAUCUCAUUUUCAGAGACAAUAUUGAAAAAAAUUUCCCAAAUGAAGAUCAUGGAAUUUCAUAUCUGUCUUGGAUGGCAUUUGCAAUUCCUCCAAUGAUAUUCUACAUGUUCUCUUCUUGGUUUAUAGUUCAACUUCAAUUCUUGGGUCCUCGACAUUUGAUGGGAAUGUUCAGAGAACCCACGGAAACUGAGAAACAAGAAGAGGAAGUUGCGAAGAGAGCCGUGUGGAAGAGUUAUGAUCAAUUGGGUCCCAUGACAUGGGCCGAAAAAAGCACUCUGGUCAUUUUCGUCCUUGCUGUUUUAUCAUGGGUUUCUUCUGAUCCAAAAGUAAUCCCUGGAUGGUCGGAUUUGUUCAGAAAAGGAUACGUCACUGAUUCAUGCUCAGGCCUUGUCGCAGUGUUUUUACUCUUUAUCUGGCCAAAGAAAAAACCGGAUUUCAGAAUUUUUAGAAAAGACAAAAGCCGUCCAUCAGUUAGACAAGAGCCACUAAUUGAUUGGGAUUGUGUCAGAAGGAGGUUUCCAUGGUCGAUUAUUCUUUUGUUAGGAGCUGGUUUUGCAAUUUCAGAUGCUGUCAGAGUGAGUGGUCUCUCCAGUUUGAUAGCCUGCAGUCUAAACAGUACAAUAUCUAAGAUGCCAUUUUUUGUAAUGCAAAUAAUUCUCUCAAUUGUUGUUGUAGUAAUGACAGAAUUCUCAACAAACUCAGCAACUGCUUCCAUAUUCAUUCCAAUAUCAUUCAAAAUGGCUGAAGCCGUUGGAGCACAUCCAUUGUAUUUCUCAAUUCCAACUGCAAUUGGACCAUCAUUCUCAUUUAUGCUUCCGAUGGCAACUCCUGCAAAUGCAAUUGUUUAUGAGACAAAAACUAUUCGAAUGAUUGAUAUGGUAUCGUGUGGAGUCUUCCUGAAUAUCUUUUGCAUUGCGAUCACCGCUAUUAAUAUGAAUACAUGGGCGUUUUGGUUGUUCAAUAUGGGUACCUACCCAGACUAUGCACUUCGCCAUGCCACUAAUAUGACGGGAAAUUCUUCGCAAUGUUUUUAGAAUUUUUCAAAAAGAAAUAUUUAUAUUCUUAACUAUUUUUGAUGUUCAGGUGAAUGUUGUUUCAUGUAAAUAAACAUUUUAUUUUAUUGAA